AUGGAUACUAAGAUUGCUUUUGCCCAUGAUUGGGCUGUUACCUAUGCUGGUUCUGAAAAAGUUGUUGAUGCUGUUACUCAGUUAUACCCAGAGGCACCCUUAUAUACACUUUUUUAUGAACCAGAAGUACUCAAAAAUACUUUUCUUGCACAGCGCCCUGUCAAAACAUCAUCUCUAGAUCGCUUCCAUUUUUUGCGUAAACGACAUCGUACACUGCUACCUAUCAUGCCUUUUCUUUGGGAACAGUUUGAUGUUGGUAAUUAUGAUAUUGUUUUCUCUUCUUGUCAUGCAGCCGCUAAAGGUAUUUUGACGCGUGCAGACCAACUACAUAUUAGCUAUAUUCAUACCCCUAUUCGUUAUGCCUGGGAUUUAUACCAUCCUUAUUUACAGGAAUCUAAAUUAACUAAGGGGAUACGUGGUUUUUUCGCCAAAUGCAUUUUGCACUAUCUGCGACUUUGGGACUUUCAAGCAGCACAGCGAGUAGAUUAUCUUAUUGCCAAUUCAAAUUAUGUUGCUCGUCGUAUCCAAAAAAUUUAUCGUCGGCCAGCAACGGUUAUCUACCCACCAGUUGAUGUCGAAUUAUUUUCAGCGGCAGAGCCUCGUGAGGAUUUCUAUGUAACAAUGUCUAGGUUUGUACCGUAUAAACGGAUCGAUUUGAUUGUCGAGGCCUUUACAAACUUAAAUAAGCCAUUAAAAGUUAUUGGUACAGGUCCUGAUGUAGAAAAAAUUCGCCGGUUAGCAGGUCCAAAUGUUGAGCUACUUGGCUAUUUACCUAAUGAUGUUGCAAAAUCAUAUCUUGAGCGUUGCCGUGCGUUUGUGUUUGCCGCCGAUGAAGAUUUUGGGAUUACACCCGUCGAAGCACAGGCUGCGGGAGCACCUGUAAUAGCCUUUGAGCGUGGUGGGUGUUGUGAAACAGUCAUCGCAGGAAAAACAGGUUUAUUUUUUAAAGAACAAACAGUUAAAAGCCUCGUAGCAGCAAUUAAUGACUUUGAGGCGCAAGGAACAUCAUCAUGGGAUUCAAAAGCUAUAUCUGCUCAUGCCCAGAAGUUUUCACGUCAACGUUUUCAACAAGAAAUUAAACAUUAUAUUGAAGAGGCCUGGUCAAAAUUUUGUCUAAGCCCUACUUAA